UUCAAACCGGACGGCGGGUAGUCGAAGCCACGACAGAAACAGCACAACAACGGUUCAUUGUCAAGAACUUCAUCCAAACUGUGAGAAAAUGACCAGCACAAUGAAAGGAAUUACCCUUAAGGGCAGUGCUGAGUUAGUGGCCGAGUUCUUCUCAUUUGGCAUCAACAGCAUCCUGUACCAGCGGGGCAUCUAUCCUCCAGAGACAUUUAGUAGAACCACCAACUAUGACAUGAGCCUACAAGUUACCACUGAUCCCAAGCUGAAGAACUACCUGACCAAUGUGGUGACUCAGCUCAAAGAGUGGCUGUUUGAGUGCACGGUGCAGAAACUGGUGUUGGUGAUCACGUGUCUGAACACCAAUGAGGUUCUGGAGAGAUGGCAGUUCGACAUAGAGUGUGACAAAUCAGCCAAGGAGAGCAGCGCUCCCAGAGAAAAGUCCAUUAAGACCAUUCAGGAUGAGAUCCGCUCAGUCAUCAGACAGAUAACAGCCACAGUUACCUUCCUGCCGCUGUUGGUGACGCCAUGUGCAUUUGACCUCCUCGUCUACACAGACAAAGACCUCAUUGUUCCUGAAAAGUGGGAGGAGUCUGGGCCGCAGAUCAUCGACCAUUCAGAGGAGGUCCGUUUGCGCUCCUUCACCACCUCCAUCCACAAGGUGAACAGCAUGGUGGCCUACAAGAGGACCGACUCAAAUUAAACCUCUCAGCCUUAUGUACAACCAACCACUGCCACUUCCAACAUCCAGUAGAUUUUACAGUGCCUGUCCUGUGUCACCAUCUGCAUCUCUGCCCACUAUCAGUUCUUUGAGAACCGAUUGUUCCCCUGCCAUUAUUUGUCAUUAUUAUGAAAUGAGGAUUAUUUCUCUGCUCCUUACUUUUGUCUCGCUUGUCUUUUUGAGAAAGACAACACAGCAACCUGCUUUGUCGAUACUGAUGUAACUAUUUCUCAUAAGGAGUGAUCUGUCUCUUAGCAACAUCUGUCUCUUUUCUUUAGUUUUCUGUCCCUUUUCUCUUUUCUUUGUUAACCUACUGGGUUAUAUGUUAAACUUUUAUAAAAUGUCAUAAAUAAAUAUCUUCUAAAUAUC